UCGCUUGUUCCUUCAUUCAUAAUAAAGGCACUGCUGUAUUAUCUGAUUUUCAGUUUUAGCAUAUUCAGUGACGUACGACUUCCAACAUAAUGUCUUCCGACCAGCCGAGAAAUAUUCCUCUGCCAGCCAUGUUAGCUAAAGAAUCAAAGCCAAACCUCAGCCAUUCCCAGGUCACAGAGGCAAUCCGGAGGCUGUAUGGUCUGAACGCAUCUGUUAUUCGCCCGUUGCCCAGUUAUGAUGACCAGAACUUUUAUGUGGAAUCAAGUGAAGGUGGAGAAUACGUGCUGAAGGUUAUGAACUCAACAGACAGUCAGAACGUCACUCUGAUGGAGCUACAAACUCACGCUAUGAAUUUCUUACAUCAUAAUGGCCUUCCAGCUCAAACGGCUCUGCCCACCCUGACGGGUGAGCUCAUGAGCCUGGAGGACUUUGUUUGUGGUUUUGGUAAGCAGAAAUAUUUGGUGCGAUUGCUCACCUACCUGUCUGGAACUACGAUAGCCAAAAUUACCCCCAGUCCCCAGAUUUUGUAUGAGGUUGGGAAAAUGGCAGCUACAUUGGAUUCAAUUUUACUGCAGAUGGAGCACCCAAACAUCAGUUGUCUUCAGAGAGAAGGGUUUAUAUGGAGUCUAUCCAGUAUUCCGCUCUUGAAUCAUUAUCUUUAUGUGAUGGAUGGGAAUCCUGUACAUAAGAUUGUUAAAGCAGUUUUGGAGCAGUACGAAACCCAAGUCGUACCCAAACUAUCAUUGUUUCGCAAGUGCAUUAACCACGGAGACCUUAAUGACCACAAUCUCUUGAUGGAACCCGACGGACCCACGAAGUACAAGAUGUCUGGCAUUCUUGAUUUUGGAGAUAUGAGCAGCGGGUAUUUCAUAUUUGAGCUGGCCAUCUCUAUCAUGUACAUGAUGAUCGAAAACCCCGAUCCCAUAAAUGUCGGAGGGCCGGUGUUGGCGGGAUGGGAAAGUGUUUUUUGUCUCAAUGAAGCAGAAAGAGACUGUCUCUAUUUGCUGGUUCUGGCUCGCUUCUCUCAGUCUUUGGUUCUGGCCCGGUACACGGUCACACAGCAGCCAGAGAAUGAGGAGUAUUUGAUGACCACAGCAAAGACCGGCCUCCUGCACCUCUGCCGGCUUUGGGAACUAGGGAAAGAAGAAGUGGAAAGGAUUUGGUUCCAAAGGGCUGCACAAUUCAGACAGUAACCAGAGCUAAGUGUAGUAAAUUGUUGUGCUUGGUGAUUGUUCACCCAAAAUGUAAUUUCAAAACUGUAUGAAUGCAGAACACAAAAUGUGUUUUUUAAAAACAACACAACAUUAGCCCCCUUGACUUCCAUUGUAUAGAGACAAAACCCCUGAGACUUUUCUCAAAAUAUCUUAUUUUGUGUUCAACAGAAAGAAAAGGAGUCAAAUACAGGUUUUGAUCCACACGAAGGUAAAUAAAUAUGAGCUGCUCAUUCAGAAAAAGAAUCACAGCACAGACUGUCUCCUUUUUUCUUUUUAGUGAAUUAAGAGUUUACCAUGUAUAGCCACCAAUGCUUAUUUUUACCAUCAAAACGUUUUGAAGACUGUUUUCCUUUUGCCUUUAACCUGUUGUUGCACAAAUAAUCCAAAAGCAUUUGUCCACAAAUUAAAGUGAUGUAAACUAAUCUGAUCAUUGUAUAUUUACUAUAAAAUGGUCUGUCUGGAAUGUGAUGAAGGGCCACAUGAAUGUUUUGGGGGUCCAGUCUGUUCUGUUCACACAGGUAAAUAAACCACCAGCUGACAAUGAA